UGGCAGGGAGGAGGAGGAGUUACUGUGGUUUUGGUCACAGUUACAUUCACCCGACUGCACUUCUGCAUUUCACACAGAAGCCAAACAUGGCCAGCGUUAACAUGACAGCAGAGCGGAGCCUGCCAUACGCUGCAGUCUUUGGGUCCGUUAUAGCGCUUGGUCUACCUCUCAACGCCGUGUCUCUGUGGAUUCUGCUUCGCCACCACAGCCUCAAGUCCCCCAGCACCGUCUUCAUGGUCAACCUGGCAGUCUCAGACCUGCUGCUCGUCAUCUCUUUGCCCAUGAGGGUCUAUUUCUACGCAACGGGCACGUGGCCCCUCGGCAGCAUGGCAUGCAUCUGGAUCACGAUGCUCUUUCGAAACAACAUCCGCUCCAGCUCCAUCUUUAUCACCUUCAUCAGCGUGGACCGGCUGCUGGCUGUAGUUUAUCCUCUGAGGUCACGGCAUCUUCGGACCUCGUCCAACGCCUGGAAAGGUGCUGCGCUCAUUUGGCUGAUUUUGUUGGCGGUGAACGUCCCAGAGAGUGUGUUUUUUUCAAGGAGUGCAAACAAGGAAAAUGUGACUUCCUGUUUUGAAUUUCCUGAACAUAUGGAUAAGGAGAUUCACAAACCAGGAAUUGAAUAUUUUCAGCUUGUGCUGAUGUUCACCAUGCUGACAGUCAACAUCGUGUCCACUGCUCUGGUGUCUUGGACGCUACGGAGACAUCUGAAUGACUCCGCACGGGUGAAUAACAAAGUGAACGUCAUGCUGCUUUUUGCCAUGAACCUGAUCAUGUUUACUGUGUUCUUCUUGCCUGUGUCCUUGGUUGUUUUGUUCAAGAACGAAGGGAGAGGUGCUUUGACCUGUCUUGCUAGCGUGAACUGCUGUCUCGAUCCACUGUUGUAUUAUUUUUCCUUUGAUGGCUUCUGGAAAAGAAAAGAGUGUCCUGAAACAUCUCUUGAACAAAUAUAGACUGUGGCAGGUUGAAUGGUGUUUGGAUAGAUUAUGUACUGAUUAGCUGUGAGAUUGUUCUGCGUAAAGGUCUGACGGUGCAGCACUGAAUGUAGCGCUCGAGCAAAAAACUGUUGGUUGACCUAAAACAGAAGCAGAGUUAUUUUGGGAACUAAAGCAAAAAGAAAGCACCUACUUUGACUAAUUGUAUUUAUGGAUGUUGCAUUCUAGAUACUGUGAAAAUGUGAAGCUGUUUAGAAACUAGAAACAGAACUGUCGAUCUGAAAACCAAACCUGGAGUUUAGUCGCUCUGCAGUGCCUCUGUGGUCACAUCAAGCUUUUUGUCUGGUUAACUUGUCCAUAUGGUGUUUUUUAAAUUAUUAUAUGCUGGAACCCACAUCAUAAGCUACAUAUCAGUCUACCGAUGCAUCUUUCAAGAAUUACAGUCCUCUAUAACUAAACCGUCUUUUUGUUGUGCAAGAAAUGUGAUUGUGUGGCGUAACAAAUGUCAUUUUUAUUGGACGGUGAAACUGUGAUGUGGAAGGAAAGGUGUCCAGUUUGAAGAGGCAGCGUUGUUCAUGGUUCUUUCUGUGUACGCUGAAGUUUCAUUUUCCAUUCUGUGAUGAACCAGAACUACAACGUGAGGUGAAGGAAAAUCCCUCCUGACAACAUGUGUAAAACUUCUCCAGUUAGUGGGUUUCCAGGGCAACAAGCCCCGCCCCAUUUAAUAUUUUGCUGGCUGACUGAAAAUAAGCAAAAUUAAAGGAAUGAAAUAUGUGGAAAA